AUGCCAGAUCUUAAUGAACACACCCCAGCGUUCACCCAGGACUCGUACACAGCUCACAUUCUGGAAAAUUCCAACCCAUUCAUCUUCACAUUUAAAGUGAGCGCUACGGACAACGACACAGGAUCCAACGGUGAAAUACACUACUAUCUAGACGGGUCACCGUCGUUUAUCAUCGAGCGAGGCGACGGCGAGGUCUGGGCCACUACGUCGUUUGACAGGGAGCGCACGGCGCAGUACACGUUACGUGUAACAGCAGUGGAUAACGGCACUCCGCCAAGGACUGGAGUAGCGUACCUUAAUGUCAUCAUAGAUGACAUGAACGACAAUUAUCCUGAAUUUGUGUACAAUGCAUUUGCCAAGUUGGAUACAGAUAACUCGGUAGGCAAGGACAGGAUCAGAUACGAAGGCACCGUGCCUGAAAACGCGUUCAUAGGGAAGAGAGUCUUACAUUUAUCUGCCAGAGAUAUUGAUGAUGGCUUAAACUCUCACAUAAAGUACACCUUCGAUGGAGGCUAUAACGGUGACGGUGAUUUCGCCAUUGACGCGACCUCUGGGGCAAUCACAGUGGCCAGACAUCUAGACCGGGAAAUGCGGGAUCUGUAUUACCUCGUGGCCCUGGCGGUUGAUCACGGUGAGCCACAGAGGGCGACACCAGUAUCAGUCAUAAUCCAUGUCACUGACGUCAACGAUAACGCUCCGGUUUUCCCUAUAAACCCUGUCUUGCUAAUCCUCACUUUACCUAGACACUGGAAUCCUACUUCAGAUACAAAAACUAAAAUUGUUGGAACAAUAUAUGCCUAUGACGCAGAUCUCGGAUCUAACGCCGAAGUAAUUUACCGUAUGGUAAGCGGCCCAGAUUUGGAUAAAUUUGACAUGCGUCAAACGGCGGGAAAACCAGGCGCUAUGAUAGUCACGCGCUCACGGCUGUUCUCAGACCAUAUCAAGAAUGAGUAUCAUUUCAACAUCGAGGCUACGUCUGGUGUACUUAAAACUUCAGCCAUGGUUGUAGUGCGAGUGGAUAGGUUUGGGUUGUUCCCUACUGUAGAUUAUGCCGCCACGGCAAUGCCACUAAACGAUUCCACCUGCAUCUCUGAGAUAAACACCUGUACAAAGAGCAGUCAGCUCACCUGCCAACAGGCAGCAUGUGCUGAGCACGUGGUGGGAAGAUGUACAUUUGGUUCCGCCAUUUGGGAGCACGUGCAGACAGUGGUUAGAGACCUUGGCGAGGCCUGCAAAGUUCUGGAGAGGAUGUGUUUCAAAGAAAUCAACAUCUGCGCUCGCACCACUCUAAACGCAUGCGCACAGAAGCAGUGCAUGAAGGUGGCGGUGCGGCGUUGUCCUCGCUACUCAACCACGUGGUCACUAGUCAAGACAACAAUGGAAGAUGUUAAAAGACUGUGUCCUGAAUAA